AUGGAUUAUUUCAAUGCGGGAGGAGCCGGAAGCGGAGUCGGCGGAGCGACGUCCGGAGGAGCACCGGUUCCUGGGGCCAUCGCGGAUCCGUACGCCGUCAUUCCGCAACAGUUUGGCAACGGAGGAAUGCCCCAGCAGCAGCAGCAGCAACCUGUUGUCAGUUUGAAAACAUCGAAAAAUUCUACAAUUUUUACAUUGUUUGCAAACUUUUUGCUUUAAAGGUGUCGUGCACUAAAAAAGUGACAUAUUUUUGAAGUGAAGUUCGAAGCGGGGCAUUUCUGUUCCCGAAUAAUUCUGUCUGAAAUUCGACAUUUUUGUGUCUUUGACUUUAUUCUAAUUUGGCGGCCGGGGGUCUAGAAAACUCCACCCGCCGUGUAUUAUAGGGGCACCGAACAGAAAUGGCGCUCUGUUGAGAAACUCUUUUUGGAGUGCAAAUUGAGCGGCCGAGUUUGAAAAAUUAGGCCACAUUUUCAGUGGAAAAUUACUUCGCGGCCUAGAAAUUCAGCCAGAUUGCGAACAGCGAGCCCUUUCUGUCCGGUGCCCUAUAAUACUUCGCUUUGUCUCCUUUGCUUUUUUAGACUUCACUUUAAAAAAUAUGUUAAUUUUUUGUGCACGACACCUUAAAGCUAAAAGGUAUGAUAAAAUGGCUCUGAACAAACGCGUUUCACUAUUCCUAGCAGUUGUUGUCUACAAAAACGCGACAGUUUCAGUUCGAGUACCAGCAAGAGGCGGACUACGAGACAUAUCAGCAACAGCAACAGUACCGGGCGGCCCAGCAGCAGCAGCAGCAGUCGCCCUCCAUUUAUUAUCAGAAUCCGAUGGGCGCGGUCGCCGGCAGCUACUUUCCCAUUCAUUCCGCCUCCGAACAUGGUAGUUUUCACGUUUGUUCCUCGAUUUUUUGAGGGGGAGACACGGGUUUUGUGCUCUUACCAACAAAUUCUCCCGGUCUCCUCCUCAUUUCGCACCCGAUUCCCGCCAAAUUUGCCGAAAAACCGUUCUCUGGUGAGAUUAUCUUUCAGAUUUUCUGGGGCCUCAACUGACGCCGUCUGGAGCCUCGCCCGGCGGGACCGGCCAAGGAGCGCCCUAUCAGACACAGCAGGUUGCUCCCGGAGCAGCUAAUAAGGACUUUAUGAUGCACCAUCAGGUGAGAACGGAUUUUUAUUAGUUCUUUCGAAAGGCCUGGGCGAGCUAUUUGGUCGACAUUGAUUGAGAAAUUGGGGAGGGGGACGAGAGAAAUACCAUUUAGGCGGUAGAAAUACAUUUCAUGCUAUGCGCCUUUAACUGCCUAGCGUCUGCGUCUCUCUCUUCAAAUGGUAUUUCUCUCGCCAACAGAUUUUUUUUUUGCGUUGACCAGAUUUCUCUCUCUCUCUCUUUCAGAUGAUUCAUUUUUCUGCGAGCAUUGGCUAUUCAGUUUUCCGGCCGAUAAUUGAAUUUCCUUCCGAUCGGUUUUCGCACAAUAUUCCGCCCUUCUUCCGCUUUUUAAUCAUCAAUCUUCUUGUUUGUAGGCUUUACCGAUUUCCGCUCCAACAUUUCGAGCGCUUCGAGCAGAAGCAUAAUAAUAAUAAUCAUUUGUGGUUACGCCUCCCCCCACCUGCCCCUUUUCCGACCCGCUGUGUCACCUGCACAUUCUAAUUCGGCUCCGAAACGGCUGAUUUUACGAAUUGGAAGAAAUACGGCACUUUUCAGUUUUUUCCUCGAAAAAUGUCACUGAAAGUUUGGUUUUUGAUCUUUGUGAGCACAGAGCUCAUUAAAAUAUUAUCGGUUCAGCGGAUCGAAAGAAAUUUUGGAAAUGAUCUCAUAAUACUGGAAUUUUGUAGUUUUCAAAGUGGAUUCGUCACCAAAAACACGGAAACCAUGCUUUUUCAUUUUCCACUGAAGAUUUUCAUUCAAAGUUCGAGCGAAAAUGUGUGCCUCUCAUACUAGCAAGCAGGCCGGCUGAUAACUAGUUUCAAAUGCAAAGUUGUGAGGAGAACAACGUACCAGAUUGUGGGUCUCGAUGAGUUCUACAAAUGUGACGUGUAGCGCGGGCUGGCCCAGAAUGUGUUCCUUUGCCACUAUUUGCCGGCCCGCGCCACAAUACCGGGCCGCAAGUUGUCACAAUUGUAGAACUCAUCGGGACCUACAAUCCGAUAUGUCGUUCUACGCACAACCUUGCAUUUGAAGCGAGUUAUGAGCCGGCCCGAAAUGGGCCCGUUUGCAAGUACGGUGCCUCAGAUAGAAUUGUGCCAAAAAGCGUUGUCAGAAGUCGACUCCAUUUCUCAUUAGCACAUAAUAUUCAAUUUGCUCUCUCUCUCUCCAUAUCUCUUUCUCUCUUUCAUUUCCCUUCCUUUCGUGCUCCUUAGGCUCAUUUGCUCCGUAAAUCGACACCCGACGGCUUCUUCUCCCUCUUCUUCUCCUUCUUCUUCUCCUCCGACUUUCUCUCUCUCUCUCACUCACUUUCUCCACCUCCGUUCGAAAAAUUCGUUGCCGCAAACUCCAACAAUUUCCAAUUCGGCGCAAAAUAGUUUUUGAUCUACUAUUUUGUGACCUCCGAAUUUUCGAACACAAGUUCUUCGAUUUUUCUGCAAUUUCGAUUUCUUCUUGGUCUCAUUCGUCUCAAUUAUCGCCAAAAAAGGUGACGCUUUGGCGAAUUUUCUGUUAUUGUCCUCUGUUUCCUUUCUCCUCGACUUCCCCCCGCGACUGUCACUUUCCAUCAUUUCUCGGCGAAAAAUAGGUUGGGAUGAUGAGCUACAUUCCUUUCGUUCUACCGCAAAUCUAUUACGGACGGAAUCAUCCGAUGGCGGUCCCCGUCCUUCCGGUACCCGUUCCCUUUGCGAUCGUACCCACAAAACUGACGAAACGGGGCGGAAAACCAAUUGUGAGUUUAUGUCGAAAAAAUGCGAGGCUGGGCAAAUUUCGGCCGAGGCUUAUCGCAAUUCUCGCAAAAACCCGGCCUCGGCCGCUGAUCCACAUAUCGCAGGACCAGAUGAUCCGAUCGGUCUGAAUCUUAGAUCCAAUAUACUUCAAUCCAAGUCCAAUGAGCCUACAAAGGUUGGGUCUGAUCGGAUCAUUGCAAGUGGAUCAAAAGUCCAGACUUCAAAAAUCCUGGGCCCGCCUUUUGUCAAGCCCUGAAGAAAUGUGAAAAAGUUUCUUUAAAAAUAGAAAACGCCAUUACAAACAUAAAAAUUUAUGCUAUUUCAGCGUCGCAACAACCAAUCGGGUCAACAACAGCAGCAACAAGGACAGUCUUCGUCGUCUUCUCAACACUCCCAGCACCGAAACCCUCCUCCGCCACCGCAACAACAACAACAACAAACCCACUUCAUGCACCAUCAACUGGCCCAACAAGUCCAGCAGCAGGCCGUCCAGCAGCAGAUGCACCGCGGAAUGCACGGAAAUCCCAUCAAUCCGCAGCAAUUUAUGGUGCCGCCGCCGAAUAUUCAACAGAUUCAGGCGGCCCAGCAACAGCACGCACAGCAGCAGCAACAGCACCAUCAUCAUCAGCAAAUGCAGCAGAUUCAGAUGCACCAUCCCGCGCUUUUGGUUAGGGUUUUUGACGAUUUUCGCUAUAUUUUACAGAACAUUUGACUUAUAAUGAAACCCGGCGUGUUCUAACCAGGGUUAGGCAAUUGGCCGGCCCUUGUCCUGCGUUUCAAUAAUCCGGUUGGGCCCGAACUUUGCAGGGUUCCUGGACUUGGAUUGAAGUAUAUUGGAUCCAAGCUUCAGACUCCGAUCAUGUGGUCCCAAGAUAUGUGGAUCAGAGGCCGAACCAGCCGCAAUUUUCGCAAGAUCCCGGGCUUUUCGGCCUCAAAUCCGCAUAUCUCGCGAUCGGAUGAUCCGUUCGGUCUGAAACUCGGGACCAAUACACUUCAAUCCAAGUGCAAGAAGUCUGCAAAGUCUAGACCCGAACGGAUCGUUGCAAGUGCGUUAAAAAGCGAGGCGGAGCUUUUACAAAGAAAUUCACGAUGAAAAUCGACUCAAAAAUGUAAUGAUAUUUGCAGCAACAAGCAGCGCAAGGAGCGCAACAAUUCCAAGCGGCGCAACAGGUGCAACAACAUCAUCAGAAUCAGCACGGAAACGGCGGUGGCGGCGGAGUGGCCGCCCAUCAGCAACAACAACAGCAUCAGAAUCAGAAUACUUCACAUCAUCAUCAUCCACAACAACAUGGACAACAUCAUCAGAACUCGCAGCAGAAUCAACAGCAGCAGCAGCCGCCGAAUAUUCAGAAUCAGCAGACGAUUCAUCAGAAUCAGGUUGGAAAAGUAACACCUUUCAUUUUAAUUUCUGAAAACAUAAACACCUAUGAUAGGUGUUUUGAGUUGAGCGCCGGCGGUUCGGAAAAAAAAUUGGCAGCCCUAAAGCUGCCAAAUUUACCCGGACUGUAACAGGUUGUCAAGUUGUUCUAACUGUCUAAGUUACUUCUAUGGGUCAUAUUCGUCCCGCAUCUUUUCCCGUACCUAUGCCUUAAAAUUUGAAACGUCAAUUAUUGACGAUCAAUAAAACCUGAAAGAGGUAUUCAAAUUGCUUCAGAAUCCGCACCACCAACAGCAACAGCCACAUCAUUUGAGUCAACUGGCGGGACCGCCCAUCGGGCCACCGAUGGGAAUGCCGCGAAUGCCGAUUCGAAUGGUAAUUCUUCCAAUGCUUUAAAUCAUUGUUUUUUAAUUUCUGUAAAUAUUGCAGCUGAAAGACUGGCCGAUCCGGUGCGUGAUCGAAGGAAAGUAUCAGCCGGUGAUAAUCGGCCCGCACGGAUCCGUGCUCAAGGAGAUCGCCCACUCGACCAAGUGCCAUGUCAUCUUCAUGCAGUUGUCUCAGCGGGAACGCUCCGUUCUCGGCCACAACGAUCGCAUUCUGACUGUGCACGGAAACGCGGAGCACGCGAGCAAGGCCGUCGCUCGCAUCCUCGACGUCAUUCAGCAGGAGGCGCUCAAGGAGGACGAGAAUGUGUAUGCGCUUUUCUCGGAUCUCUGGGCACUUGGCCGGCUUUUGGUCGGGACUUUUUAAUCACUUGCAAUAAUGCGAUCGGACCCAAACUUUGCAGGCUUCUUCGACUUGGAUUGAAGUAUAUUGGGACCAAGUUACAGACCGAUCGGAUCAUCUGUUCCCGAGAUAUACUGGUUUGAGGCCGAAAAGGCCGGCUUUUGCGAAAAUUGCGGCGUUGUCGGCUUCUGAUUAACAUAUCUCGGGACUGGAUAAUCGGAUCGGUCUGAAACUCAGACCCAAACUACUUCAAUGCAAGUCCAAGAAUCGCGCAAAGUUUGCUCCUUAUCGGAAUAUUGCAAAUGGGCCAAAAGUCCAGCCCUGGUUUUCGCUAACAAUUUCUUAUGUAAAAUGUUCAAAAAUUAGUCAUCCACUUUUUUAACCGAAUUUUUGCAGCGGCGCCGACAUUGUGCUCCGUUUGCGUGCUCACAAUCAGCUGUGCGGACGUCUCAUCGGAAAACAGGGUGCCACGAUUAAGGAAAUUAUGCAAAAGACGGGAACUUCGAUCACUGUCGCCAAGUACGGUUCAGUUUUCAAAAUAAAUCUUAUUUGAAUCCAUGGCUAUUGCCCGUUCAGAUUCGUCGAUCCGCCAAACGAGAUGGGCGUGCGCCAGGAGGAGAUGCUCUGUCUAAUGGAAAGGACCAUCGUGGUCCGGGGACCGUCAAUCGAGGCGGUCGUGCAGGCGGAGGCACUCAUUUCGAACAAACUCAAAAAGUGCUAUGAAGUUGACUCGCAGCUCAGGGUUGGUUUUUUUUUUCUCUUGAAAAAUCUGGAGAAAAUCGUACUAACCUUUUUUAAAACUCAAUUUCCUAACUAAUUUUAUGCUAAACGUGCAGUAAGUCCUGAAUUCUGAAAUGUUCUAAAAACACUCUCAGCAGAUGCAAGCGGCCGCACUGAGCCCCGUCCCAUUGGGUCUACCGGCUCUUCCACUGAUGCCGGGCGGUCCGCCGUCGCUCAACCCGACAAUAGUCCAUCCGCCGUCGCUGAUUCCGACUCCGACGGGGCUGAUCCAGGUGCAGCACUUCCCGCCCGCAAUAAAUGCUCCGUUGACGGCGAGCAACAGCUUUCUGCAACCGGGAGCCCUUCAGAUUCAGCCGGGCGUCUCGACGCUCCGAGAAGUUCGAAUGUGGGCUCCGGACAGCAUGAUCGGAGCGCUGAUUGGUCCGAAAGGCAACAAUAUCAGGAUGAUCAUUCGGGAGACUGGCGCGCAGGUGAAAAUCGAAUCGCCGGAAGAAAAAGCGGCAAGGGAAGCGGAAGAAGAGCACAAAAAGAGAGAGAACGAGCAGAAGGAGGAGACGGAAGCGGGAGAAGGAGCAGGAGAUCCUGGAGAGUUUGUCGAGACGGAAACGGUCACUUCUGCCGACGCCAUCGAAGAGAAGGUGGGCGUUUUUUGAGGGAAAAUUGGUUAAAUUGAAUUAUUUUGCAGCCGAAGCCGGUGCCGGAGCGUCUUGUGACAGUGACGGGAGACGACCUGCAACUGUUAAAGGCGCAGUCGUUCGUCUUCUCGAAGAUUGCCGAAACGUCGCCGAGCUCGCCGACGCAGUCGUCGCUUCUGAGUGCGCCGAGCCCGUCGGCGCCUCCGCCUCCGCAAGCGCCGCCCGCCACCGUCGCAGAGUUCGGACGGCUUCUCGCGUCGAGAAUUCGGACGGAGGUGUCGGUGCCGACGAGAAUAAUCGGACGGAUCAUCGGAAGAGGCGGACAGAAUGUGCGCGAGCUGCAGAGAAUCACCGGCGCCGUCGUGAAGAUUCCCGAGCACGAGCAGAGGGAGGAGACGUUCCGACACGAUGAUGGUAAGCCCCAUCCCCGUUUUUUUUAGAUUUUAUGGUCGAUGUUGAAAUUGAAAUGAAGAAAUGAAGUUCUGUGGCAGUUCCGUUUCGGGAUUCUCUCUUCGCUGAAAACGCGUCUCAGCGUAGGCCACGCCACUUUAUAAACUUUUGGUCGCCGUGAUGAAUAUAUCUAUAAUUUUUUCGCAAAAGCUGCAGGAUUCGAAGAGGAAGUGACGAUGAUCCGAGUGGUGGGAAACAUGCACGCGACGCACAAUGUGCAAUUCCGUCUCGCGCACCUCGUUGCCGAAUACUAUCGGACCGGCGAGCAUCGGGAGCGGCGAGCCGGACGAGGAACCUCCAGACGGGCUCAGAACGCCCAUCCGGCAGCCAACAGGAGAGGUUAGGCACUUUUUUUUGUAAAUGUUUUAUGAUUGAAGAAAUAGAAGCGAGUAAAAUCGAGUUUUGUGAAAUUAUGUGGUUUUUUUGCAGGCAGCCCACUGGAAAACGUGGGAUCGUUGGGCCACGUGGCGCCGAUUGCGAGCACUUCGAGACGGGCUUCGCCCCAAUCGUCGGAAUCGCCGCAAAAAUCGAAAUCACCAUAG